AUCGAUUUUGUUUUCUUUUUUCCUACUUUUCUUCUUCCUUCGUUCUUUUUUUGCCUAAUUCCUUUCUCUACCAUAUAUUACAUAUUCAUGAAUUUAAGAAGACUUUUCUGUGAAAUAUUGUGCACAUUAGUGCUCUGAUUCCUUUUUACUAGAAUUAAAUAUCCCUACUCUAAAUUACAACAGUUUCGAGAACGACAAUAGGGGGCAGAGAUUUAUUGAUAACAAUACUUUCGUUAUCUGCGUCACUAUAGAAUUAUAACGCGUCAUUUUUUCAUCAUUCACGAGAGAACUAUGUAAAGAACAACACGGUAACAUUGAAAAUAAUAAAAAAAAAUUUGAAUUUAUUACCGCGGUAGGUGCAAUUAAAAAAAAGAGUCAAAAACACGGAUAAUACAUAAAUUCAACAAGAACUGUUGUGCCAGUUCGUGCAAUAACAAUUCUGAAGUCAUCUAGCAACGUCGAUAAAGUUUCAAUUUGCUUCUUAUAAAAAAUUAUAGUAAAAUUGGAAAUUUUAUAAAAUUUAAUGCGUAAUGUUAGCGCUUAUGCAUUAUGUUACAUUGAUAAGUAUUUUCGUAAUUUUGACAAAUGGAAUAAAUAAUGAGAAAUAUUCAAGUAGAGAAUGGUGGGAAAACACAUUAAUUUACCAGAUCUGGCCUGCAGGAUUUCAAGAUAGUGACGGCGAUGGUAUAGGUGAUUUAAAAGGUAUUAUUAGUCGACUCAAUCAUUUCACAUAUCUUGGAAUCGAAACAAUUUGGUUGAAUCCUAUUUACGUUUCACCAUUAAUCGAUUCUGGAUUUGAUGUCUCCAAUUAUACGGAUAUAGAUCCUAUUUUCGGGGAUUUAAGUGAUUUCGAUAAUUUUAUGCAAAAAGCACAUGAUCGAGGAUUGAAAGUCAUUCUAGAUGCUAUUCCAAAUCAUUCGAGCGAUCAGCAUGAAUGGUUCAAGUUGUCGGUAGAAAAUGUCGACCCAUAUAAUGAUUAUUACAUCUGGGCCAAUGGUGACGUCGAUGAAAAUGGCAAAAAUAUUCCACCAAAUAAUUGGAUAAGCACGUACAGUGACAAAGAAGGAUCUGCAUGGACAUGGCACGAGAAAAGACAACAAUGGUACUAUCAUAAAUUUCAUAAAUCUCAACCAGAUCUCAAUUUAAGAAAUGAGAAAGUGAUCAAAGAACUAAUGGAUAUAUUUGACUUCUGGUUAGAAAGAAAUGUCGAUGGUUUCCGUAUUAGUGCAGUGCCUUAUUUUUUCGAAGAUGAAACUUUAAGAAAUGAACCCUUUGUGAAAAAGGGUAUAUAUACUUUUGGUCUUCCUGAAAGUACCGCUCUUCUUUAUAGAUUUCGCAAAUAUAUCGAUAAUUGGGUAUCGAAAAAUAAAGCUAUGUCAAAAUUGUUAAUUGCGGAAUCAUAUGAUACUUCUGAUGAUAAUUUAUUGGCGUAUUACGGCAACGGCACGCACAAAGGAAUCGCACCGUUUAAUUUUAAAUUCAUCACGCAUAUUCGUAACAACAGUGAUGCUAGUUAUAUUAAGCACACCUUGGAGAAAUGGCUGGCACGUCUUCCAGAGAACACCAAGACCAAUUGGGUGCUUUCAAAUCACGAUAAUUCGAGAGCAUCUUCGAGAAUCGCGCUCAACCGAAUCGACGGCCUUCACAUGCUUAGUCUUCUCCUGCCUGGACAAGCGUAUACGUACUACGGCGAAGAAAUAGCCAUGCUGGACACGAAAAUAUCUUGGAGUAAAACCAUUGAUCCCAAUGCUUGCGCUAGAGGCAUAAACGAAUACGAAUAUUUCUCGAGAGAUCCCGCGAGGACUCCUAUGCAAUGGAAUUCCGAAAUUUCAGCCGGUUUCUCUACGAAUAGAAACACGUAUCUCCCUAUUCAUCCUGAUUUCGUUCAUAGAAAUGUGGAAAUACAACGACUUAAAAACCCAAGCAAUUUAAAGACGUACAAGCAGCUGGUUAAUCUAAGAAAAGACCCAGUCUUUAUAGAUGGAGAUUAUGAAUUUGCAACAUUGAAUAAUGAUCGUGUGUUGAUACUAAAAAGGUCGUUGAUCAAUCAUCCAGUGUAUAUUAUUGUUAUUAAUUUGGGCCUACGGAAUGAGAGAAUUAAUCUGACUUUAAUUUAUGCUAAUUUGAAAGAUACUUUGGAUAUUGUGGUAGCCUCUAGCAAUGCAAUUGACGUCACAGAUGUUGUUCCACGAGACAAUUUUGUAUUGACAGCAAAUGCUGCGCUCGUAUUAAAAAACGAUAAACGACAAGAACAGACCACACCCGAGAUAACUGAAUCCACAAUUGAAAUUACGACAAAAAAAGAAACUACAAUCGAAAGUACUACGAAGAAAGAAGAAGAGCCUACAAAGGGUACGACAAAGAAAGAAAAAGAGACUACACCGAGCUCAAAGAAUCCUGAUGAAAAUAAACCUGAUGGUGCAAUGUUAAGUUGCACCCCUGCAUUCUUGCUAAUAAUAAGCAGCAUUGUAAUAUUGUGCGGAUUUUAAAAAUAAAGGAGGCAAAAUAUAAAAAAUAAAACCCGAGAUACAAAAUAAAAAGUAGAAUACUAGAUAUAAAUUUAAUCGGCCUAGAUAUAUUUCUUUUUGAUCAAAUAUUGUUUUGUAUCUUUUAUUGGUAGAUAUUUUGAUUAAUUUAAUUUAAGCAUAAUAAUGUUUAAAAUACUAAUUAUUAAUUAGAUUUUAGGCCUAUUACUAGCUGUACUUUACUCGUUUUUUUUUCUACUCAAAUUUUCAUGCAGCAAUAGUCACACUCAAACAAGUGCUACCUUUAUUUCUUUCUUCGUCAUCCGUAUUUAUUAUAAUGCGAUUCAUAUUUAUUAUAGUUGCAAUGUGUUUCUUAAAAAAUUUUUACAGCUAAUUUUCUAAGCUAUUUAUAUAUUUAUUAAGUUUUUUAAGCAAUCUUGUUCCCGUUUAAAUGGAAUGUAAAAAAAAAAUGACUUUCCAUAAAACAGAAAAUCCUUAUUAGCCAUAGAAACCCGUAAAAGGAUACGCGGAAAAAUCCACAGGGAAAAAAAGGAGAAUCCUCGAUUCGCGUAGAGAGAUUUGCAGAAUGUGGCCAUUGCAGCAACCUACAUUGAUCUAUGCGUGACCAAUCACGGUGUUGAUCAAAUGCGGAGCGAAUGUGCUUGAUCCAUGUAAUACAUAGAUCGAUCAGGUCGUGCGUUGUCUAUAUGUUCUUAACAGAAACAAAGGAUAAAGAUCUUU